GGAACUUUGUACUAAAGUAAUAUCAAACUUGCUGGUGGGAGAGGCGGAGGAACUUAUUGAAGAUGUCUCAGGAAGAGCUGGUUGUAGAGCGGGCCAGGCGCUCCUUCCAGACUGGCAGAAGCAAACCUCUGGAGUUCAGACUGCAGCAGCUGAGAAGGCUGCAGAGCUUCUUAAAGGAGAGGCAGGAAGACAUUAAAGAUGCUCUGCAGAAGGAUCUCGGGAAGAGCGGCUGUGCGUCUGAGCUGUAUGAACUGCUGGUUGUGGAGGCCGAACUUCAGCUCUCAUUGACGAGGCUUGCAGAGUGGGCAGCUCCCCGGCCCGUGGAGAAGAACCUCUUCACUCUAUCGGAUGAGGUCUACGUCAGGCCAGAGCCCCUCGGGGUGGUUCUCAUCGUCGGACCCUGGAACUAUCCCUGGUCUCUCACCCUGCUGCCACUAGUUGGAGCUAUUGCAGCAGGUAAUGCAGCAAUAGUAAAACCAUCUGAGAUCAGCUCCACCUCCUCUACAGUCAUCAAGCAACUUCUUCCCCUGUACUUGGAUAAGGAUUUGUACCAAGUGGUGGAAGGUGGUGUGCCAGAGACCCAGCAGCUACUGAAGCAGAGGUUUGAUCACAUCUUCUACACAGGCAGUACAGCUGUAGGUAAACUGGUGAUGGAGGCUGCAGCGCCCCACCUCACCCCUGUGACCCUGGAGCUGGGCGGGAAGAGCCCCUGCUACAUCGACAAGGACUGUGACAUCAGGAUCGCUUGCCGCCGCAUCACAUGGGCGAAGCUUAUAAACUGUGGUCAGACAUGCAUUGCUCCAGAUUUUAUUCUGUGUGAACCUUCUGUACAAAACAGAGUGGUGGAAGAGAUCAGGAGGUGUGUUAAGGAGUUUUACGCUGACAGCCCAAAGACCAGUGAUGACUACGGCCGCAUCAUUAACCAGCGCCAGUUUAAGAGGAUCGUGGGUCUCAUGGAGGGGUGCACCAUUGCGUUUGGUGGAGAUGCUGAUGAAUCCCAGGGCUACAUAGGUCCCACAGUGUUGAAAAAUGUAACAGGUGACUCCAGAGUGAUGCAGGAGGAGAUCUUUGGACCACUACUGCCCAUCGUCACAGUGCAGAGUGUGGAUGAGGCAAUCCACUUCAUCAAUGAGAGAGAGAAACCGUUAGCUCUCUACGUGUUUUCCCACAAUGCCAAGCUGAUCGAAAAAGUGCUAGCUGAGACGUCUAGUGGAGCCCUGGUAGCCAAUGACUGCAUCGUCCACUUCCUGGACAGCGCUCUGCCGUUUGGAGGAGUUGGUCAUAGUGGUAUGGGCCGGUACCGAGGCCGCCACACCUUCGACCAGCUCAGCAACCUUCGCAGCUGCAUGAUCAAACAACUCAAAAUGGAAGGGCUGAACAGCAUGCGAUACCCCCCCCACAGCACGAAGAAACUGGGCUGGGCCCGCCGCUUCUUACUUUCACAGCUUAAUGUGCAGAAGCUGCGCAAUAUGGCUAUGUUGGCUAUGCUGACUUGCCUUGCAGCCUUUGUGGUGCAGAGUGCUAAUCAGUGCUGGCACCACAGGAGAAUUAUUUAUUGGAAGCUGGUCCAUGAAGCAUGUCCGGCUUAUUGCCUGGUUCCCAAGGCAAUAAUUCUGCUCAGGAUUAUCAGUAGUAAAGCAGCUAGUUUUACACAAACAACGGCUUUGUCUCUGAGAGACAAUGUGUUUUUGUCCAGAAAACCUGCCCACACAUCUACCCUCCUUUUAAUUACCCAACAUGCCUCACUGCCCCUGGUUGAAGGCCUCCUUUGUUCUGCGGUUCCUGCGCUGAAGCUGAGCAGUCGAUGCAGGUCAUCUGCAGCUGGAGUCCAGUCUGGUCCAUCACUGUACUGGUCCAAGCAUUUCAUAUUUGUACUAAUGUAAAGGACACAUGUUUGAAGUUAUCAGUUUAGAUCUGUUUUGUGUAAACCGAUUAUAGGAAAUCUGCUACAAUUUUAUGCUCACAUUUGUAAUUUAACUGUAGGAGUCAGUGUCCAGCAAUAUGUUACCAUGGCAAUCCAUUAGAGUUCAUAAAAAUCUCUCUUUAGUUCUGGCUCACAUUUUCUGUUAAUUAAAAAAAUAAAUAAAAUAACAUUUCUUCAC